CUGUCAGAACUGUAAACAAGAGGGUGCAUAAGGACUGACUCUUACACUCGAAAACUUCAAUGAAACCCAUAAACAGACUGAAAAGAAAAAAGCAGGACAGUAGAAGAGAGAAGGCUCUCAUAAACGAACAAGUGAAUCAAAGUCGAAUAAGAGGAGGAAAAGGGGAUUGCUGAGUUGGAUGGAUGUGUGGGGCUGCAGGGUUGGGACAGAGGUUGACGAGGAGCGGGGAGGGAGGGCACAGCCGAACAGCAGGGCAUUGUGCCCGAACACCAGGCACUGGGAGAUACACUCAAACACAUUCACACAUUCACACACUGACACAGUCGUGCACACAAGCGCAUGCUUCUGCCCACUGCCACUCAGACUCACGCUGGCAUCUCGGAGGGCAGCCCCAUCUCCAGUCCAGUGCUGGGUGUCCAAACUGAUCACCCCUCUCUGCUGCAGUUCGCCCGACCUCUGAGAUAGAGCCUCCUCUGCCCUCUGGCCUUUUCUUUUGACUGAACUGAAUUCUCAGGGCUCACAACUUCAGGUCUCCAAACAAGAAAAGGACCGAAUCACAAAAAUUAACCUGUGGAUCAUCUCCAAGGAGGAGCAUACUUCAUUUGAGGAUACCCGUUCUUGUCUUACCCAAGCUGACCUCAUCGACAUCACAGACAAAGGAUCAAGGGGUGAACCACAACAUUUCUAGUACCAUAGACGGUCACAUCUCUUUGUGGGACUACACAUUGGCCCUGUGCAGCAGAGACUGAUAUAAAACAAAGACAAAUCCAUCUGAUUCAAACAACACCUUCGCCAUGGCAACCACAGGCAUGCAGUUGCUGGGCCUGAUCAUGUCCAUUGUGGGCUGGGUAGGUGGGUUAGUAGUCUGUGCCAUCCCCCUGUGGCGAGUCACUGCCUUCAUCGGUAACAACAUAGUGACAGCUCAGAUCAUUUGGGAAGGCCUUUGGAUGAAUUGCAUAGUGCAGAGCACAGGUCAGAUCCAGUGUAAGGUGUAUGAUAGCUUGCUGGCUCUGCCCAGUGACAUGCAGGCUGCCCGCGGCCUCACAGUGUUCUCCAUCCUGCUCUGUGGCCUGGCUCUGGCUCUGGGGGUCUUAGGAGUCAAGUGCACUAAAUGCAUCGGUGUAAACAGUGUCAAGGCCCGCAUUGCUCGCAUUUCUGGCGCCCUUUUUGCCAUCGCAGGGUUCCUUUACCUUGUGCCCGUCUGCUGGACUGCCCACUCCAUCAUCAAGGAUUUUUAUGAUCCACAUGUGGCAGCUCCUCACAAGCGUGAGCUUGGCCCUGCCCUUUACAUCGGCUGGGGUGCAGCAGCCCUGCUCCUCAUUGGGGGAUCUCUGCUCUAUGCGGGGUCAAGUCCCCCUGGCAUCCCAGGUUCUCCCACCUUCAGCAGUGGAGAAAGUAGUCCUCGCAGGGCACCUGCCACACAAGUCAAAGGUUAUGUCUAAGUCCUAAAAUGUCUGAAAGAAUUCCACAAAUCCACCCCAAAUGAUGACAAACCCGUUUUUCCUCUUAUUGAAUUUGCUCCUUUGUAAUUAUUUUAUAUUUAAUGUUACUCCAGUUUGCUUUUUUUUUUCUUUUGAAAAGCCACAUGAGACUGUUUAGGGAAAAUUGAACUCAUUAUAAUAUUUCAUACCUGAUAUCCUUCAAUAACCCUUUUCUCUGUUUGCCAGUAAAAUACAAUAAAAGUUGUAUCGUCUACUGA